UUAUUAUCUCCCCUGCCAGUUGAAAUUAAAAUUUAAAAUUAAACUGUCGUUAAAGUUUACAUUUUUUGUGCGUCGAUUUGAAGAAAAACAAAAAUGCAAAAAGCAGCUGAACGAGUAGAGGCCAUGUUCCAAAAGGCCGAUUCUGAUGUUAACAGCCUGUCACAAAGAUUGAAGUUUGAAUUUGAGAAUAAUGAAGAUUUGCAGCAGACAAAUCCUGCAGAAUUACUCAGUAAGAUAAGUGAUGUGAAAAAAGAGUACUCAUCUUUGGUACAGCAGGUUGAAGCUAUCCAAGAGUCUCAAAAGGAAGCACUGGGAGAGUUCAGAGGUCAUUUGAACAAUGUGUGUCAACUUUUACUAACAUUACAGACUGGCACAGGAAUGAUGCCUACAGAAAAACCAGAAGAGCUUACUAAAUUAGAGGAGUUCUUAGGGAGUGAGUUACCUUGGGGUCAGGACAUAUCCAUGGCAACAACUGAAAGUGGAGAUGUGUCAGGCAUGACAGUCACAUCAGCAGAUGGUCAGGAAUCCCUGGAGAAAAGUGAACCAGAUUCUGAAUUUCACGCUAGUACCCCGGAAAUAUCACCGUCACAGUUAAGGAGAACUACUAAUGACUUUGUAGAGGUGACACAGCAAGAAUUUGAGUCUGUUUCCUCGUUGAUCAGGGGUCGUGUCAAACUUACAGAAGUUAACAGUACAUACUCUACUUUGUGGAAAUUCUUUAAAAGCAAUAAAGACUGCACGAAGCUUGCUCCAGAUGAAUUACAUAAAAUGGGUCUAAAAGUUUCAGGGGUAACCGGACAGGCUAAAUUAAAGGUAUUGAGAGCCCUAAAGCUGAUCAAACUGUCAACAAAAGGAGAAGUGCUGCCAGCAGACAAGUGAUUGUACA